AUGGUGGAUGCUAAGCCAAUCAGUGACUCUAAUAAAUUGAACUACUUGAACACCUACGUUUGUGGAAAAGCUAAAGAAAUUGUUGAAAACUAUUUGUUAUUAGGAGAGGACGAUGGUUAUCAGAAGGCUCGUGCGGAAAUUGAUAGGAGGUUUGGCAACCCAAGUGCUCUCAGUGUUGCUUACACCAGAAAGCUCUGUUUGUGGCCACGUAUUGAAAGUAAAGAUGCAAGUGGAUUGAGAGACUUUUCCGACUUCUUGCAGAAGGUCUUGUCAGCCAAGACGAAGGUCAAGAAUCUAGGAAUCCUGGACUUUCCCCAAGAGAAUGUAAAGCUCGUAGCAAAGUUGCCAGAGUACUUGGAAGAUGAAUGGCGAGAGGAAAUUGAUAGAUGGCGCGAAACUAAUAGCCCCCAAAGUUAUCCAUCGUUCUCGUGUUUCGUUGGUUUUGUGAAGAAAGCAGCUGACAGAGCGAACAUUCCUGAGUUGGAACCUUUAAAGGACAAGUCCACCCCAACAAAAAGUUGA